GAACUUCUGCCUUGCGAUCUGCAGCCACACUGUUAUCUGUUUACAUGUUUUUGUUGACAUUUAAUUUCAAUGGACCUGCGUAAAUUAUGCCGCAUUUGUUUUGUGGACAGCGCUGCGGUGGACAUCAGGGAGCACAGGAGCAGCGGCAGCUCGGAUCACACUGUCCUCGAGCUGAUACAGGCCAUGUUCGGCAGGAACAUAGCGCUGAAUUUAACUGAGGAGCUGCCCAUGAUUUGCAGUGGCUGCCUGGAGGAAUGUCAGCAGCAAUAUUCCUUUUUCCGUAAGCUCAAGUUCGCCAACCAGCAACUCCUGCAGCUCUACAACGAGGCGCAGGUGGAAAUGUGCCUGGAGCCAGAUGCCAAGGAUGAGCAUGCGGAAACGAAGGCAGGAGAGGAUUGCGAGGCUUGGGAGGAGUUUGCACCACAGGACAUUAUUGUACUAGAACCCGAGCAACUGGCAGAGCCAAUAAAAAUGGAGGGAAGGGCAGAAUCAGGGCCAAAGCCCUCCCAGAGGCUGGCCAAUCAGGACUCACUGAUUGUGUCCGAGUUUCUGCCCGCCACAACCGCCCAACCACGUCUGGAUCUGUCUGAUUCCCGCCUGCAGCUAUUGGAGCCACCCGCCUACGAGAUGCGCACCGUUGACUACGCGGCUGUCGAGUUAAAGCACUACAACUUGGACGAGUACAACGAGACCAAUCGCCUGCUCGACGUGGAGCCCAGUGGCAGCCAAGCCAUCUACAAGUGCCAGUACUGCCCGCUGGCCUACGCCUCGCCCCAGUACCUGAAGACCCAUGUGCGCAACUCGCACGUCUGCAAGUACUGCACCACGGCCUUCGCCAAGGUGCGCGAUCUCAACGAACAUAUCCGGCACAAGCACUCGCACCACCAGUGCGUCGUCUGCUCCAACAGCUUCAGCACCAGCAGCAAUCUGAGGGCUCAUCUUAAGAAAAUCCACGGCGUCCAGCUGCCCGCCCAGGUGGCACUGCUGGAUUACAGACCAGCCACCACGGACCAGGACAGUCCACGAAAUCAAUAAAGUUGAUUUACAGACUUAUAUAAGCUCUUACC